AUCUCAUACAAAUGUAAAGUUUGUAAUAGCAGAUCUUCAAAAAUAUUCUCCAAGCAUUCAUACGAAAAGGGCAUUGUCAUUGUUAAGUGCCCUGGUUGCCAGAGUUUACAUCUGAUAGCUGAUAAUCUUGGCUGGUUCAAAGAUUUUGAGUUCAAAAACGUUGAAGAAUUCCUGGCUGCAAGAGGCGAGGAAGUGAAAAGGGUUACAGAGAACAGUGGUGAUUUGCUG